GCUGAUUACUUAAUGCUAUGGAAAAUACAAAUUCCUAAUGAUGAUAAAAACAGAUUUUCAAGCCUUGAAUUACAAAAAGAUGAAAAGAAAGCAAAUCAACAGAUGGCAAAUUUGGCAAUUAAUCAAGAAAUGACCAAAAUUAUUCUUCAUAGCGUCAUUAGAAGUCUAGAUACUUGUGACUUUUUCAAGAUAGAAAUAGAAAAAAAUGAACAUAUUAUCAAUCUUAAGGGGAUCAUUAUAAAAAAAUAUUAUAAGUCCUUUUCAGAUAAUGAUUUAUAUGGCAUUAGGUUAUGGAAAGUGGAAGUAUCCUUUGAAAAUAAAGCAAUAUUUGAUAAUCUCAAAAAUAAUAAAGAGGCCAGUGCCAUUAGGAUAAUGUUAAACGGUGAGGAGCAAUAUAGAUUGGAAAAGAUUGAAAAUACGUUUGGAAACCCACCUAAAACUAUUACAAUUUUGUCAUUUAAG